GCACGGGAGCCAACAAGGAGCACGUGUAGCGAUUAAGAAUUGAAAUUUCAAAAGGAAGGAGAAAAAUAAUUUCAUGCGACAAACCUUUACAACCCUCGGCGGUGUCGGUAACCGCAUGCUAUAUAUAAUACGUCGUGUUUUGGGAUUUCAUUUAGGACUGUUUAAAAUGCUAGAACGUUUUGUCUAGAAAUAUCGGUAAUAGUUUCAUAUCUGUACAGAAGAGGAAAAUGUGUGGUUUAAUGAGAAAUGGACAACACAGUUAGUAAAACAUAUAUUUAAAUGUGCUUCUUGCAUCAUAAAAUGGAUGAGAUUCAUUGCACGUGAUUAGACAUGGAUAUAUUGCUGUGUUAAUGCAAAAACAAAAUGUCCGGAGGCUUAAAUCCAAAGGUUUUACUCAAACGUCGGACUGUUCUACAUGAUGCUUACAACAAAUAUGGCCAGGACAGAAACAGAUACAACAGCGCCUCCUGGCGGUCAGAAAACCAGGUUCGGUACAAAGUGAUUGAUUUUUCCCGGGUAUCUCCGGACAAGGCACCGUUUCUUUUGACGACGCUUGAUUCGAAACGGCACACCCCACAGUCAAAGCAUAUUUUCCACAUACAUAGGGUAAAUCAAAAGCCGAUAUGUACAGUCCAGACAUGGCCAGAUGAUCCCAAGGAUAUGGACAAAAAGAACAAUGGGACGUCCAUAUAUAUGACGUCAUUCAAGGAAAACCCGUGGCCGCAAGUUCCUAAAUUUGUUCAUAAAAACAAAGACACGAAAGCAGAGGGAAUAGUGCCAUUUAAUCUUCCUGCCGAAAAUUUUGACGUCAGAUCAGAAAUGAUGUUGCCCGUUUGUGAAACAACACAGAUUCCAUCUGCUCCGAAUCCACAUAAGUACCUGCUCCGGAGGAGGAAGGUGCCUCCCUCGUUUCAAUCCUCUGGCAUAUUCUACAACAACAAGGGAGAACCCAUGCAGUCCCAGUCUGAAGACCGUCCCCAUUCAAGACCUCCGCCCAUGAACGACAACUCUGCGCACGUGAGCAUCACUAGUCUGUGCGGACACGACUUCACGCGGAGGCGAUACAUAGCGCCACCUUCCGGUAUCUUAACCGUCACUAAUUUUGAUGGGGGCGCCAAGGCGAUCGGCAGUAAUCGGUUUGACGAGAAAUACCUGCCUUUUAUCCGGGCCAAGUCUGUCAUCUAAUUCUCCUCUUGUAAUUUACGAUCCGACUACCGGAAUUGUGCUUUACGGACUCUUUAUGUUAGAAUGGAUGUGCUUGUCCACCAUAAUUUAAAAUAGAUAGUUGAACAAUAUUAUUUAUAAAUGCUUUAUUUUUACGGCAACUGUGAUAAUAGGAAAUUGUAAAGUUCGAUAUUUCAUAAAAAGAUAUUCUUCUGGUAUUUUGUUCUAUGUUGUUGUAUAUUAUAAGAUCGAUUAUAUGAAAAACACGCAUCCUUAUAGAUAUAUUUAUUUGUUAUGAAUUUUGAAUAAAAAAUAUAUCUUUACAGCGA